AAGGAAGUCAGGGCCAUGAUGGAGAAGCUGGGCAGCGGGGACACACAGACGCAGGUCCUGUCGGCCAAAGCUCAGAAGGACAUGAAGGAGGCGCGCGCUGACAACGCCGCAGCGAACGAGCUCGCCCUCAAGGCAGCGAGCGUCGCGCGGGAGGCCACGGCGCAGAUGCAGAAGGCCGACCUCGCGAUGGCCGCUGCGGACAAGAAGUUCUAUUUCGCGGAGCCGCUGCUGGACGAGGACCAGAAGUACAUGUACAGACAUCCGGACUCCAGCGCGCCCCGGCACAACGCGUCGGACGUCAGCGAGAACGCCAGCCGCCUGCUGGCGGUGCGGACGCAGGAACCAUCGAGGAUCAGCGCGUCGCUGGGCGUGGCCGUGUUCCUACUGGCGGCGCCGCUUCUGGC